UUGGCGUCGAUCCAUACCGUUACUCUGGCGCCGUUGCCAACGGGCAAGGUUGGCACGUUCGAAUUCGGUUUAAACGUCAUUUAACGCAUUUCUUGUUCGCCGAGCAUGGUCACGGACGACCUCGCGCCGCACAAGCGCGAAGCCAUCGUGCGCAAGGUGCUCAUCGGGCUCUGUGCGUGGAUCGCAUGCGCGGCCAUGACGCCCUUCAAGGACGGACCCUCGGACAAGUUUGCGGGCGGCAUGGGCUGCAUGGCGCUCUUCUUCUCCAUCAUGGACCUGCCGUACCACGCCCGCUUCAAGCGCAUCGUAAGCGGCUUCGUCGGCGGCGCGCUCGUGGCCGCCGGCGUCUGGGUCCUUGUCAGCACCGACUGCAGCGGCGACUUGUGCAGCUACGCGUACGCGGCAGUUGUCUUUCUCUUUGCGACAGCGCUCCUCGAGGCUCUGGCAUGGCGCCUCGUGUGCCCCAACCUCGUCAUGGCAGCGGACGACGACUUCAGUCGCAAGCGCGCCGAGGCCUUUCUCUGCUACCUCCUCUGCAUCGACCGCAUUCUCUUGUGUGUCUACCUCGCGGCGGCCAUCCUCGUCGUCGUGGCCGUCUCGCUCAACUCGUCCGCCACGUUUGUGCUCGCCGCGUUCCUCCAGUUCCUCCAGCUCACGAGCACGUGGAUCCAGCUGCGCAGCGUGCGCAAGAACCUCUCGAUCGAAGCCACGUUCGUCGAGGCGCCUUGAAACACCCGUCUUGUGGGCUUUAGUACGCUAGUCAAUGUAUAUUCCAACUUGUUCCUACUUGCAUCCGUGCAAGCCAGCCAUACCACUGAUGCCAAUAAGAUCUGGAGGCGACCCAUG